GUUACUUCGCACCGACCGUCCGCAACAGCAGCUGUCGGUGGUUCUAGCUUCUUCUCCGGUGGAGUCGCAGUGGUCUCAGUUGGCCGGAGUCCCGAGACUUACGUGGUGGCAUUAAAGGUGAAGGCCCCUCCACCCCCGGCAUGCACUAGCACGACAGCGCCACUACUCGAUCCCUCUCGCCUUGCAUCGAUCGAUCUGGUCACUGUGUUGGAUGUCAGCGGAAGCAUGACCCGUGCCAAAUUGCAGAUGCUGAAGCGUGCCAUGCGGCUUGUGAUAUCAUCGCUUGGCUCUUCUUAUCGGCUCUCCAUCAUUGCCUUCUCGGCGUGCUCCAAGAGGUUGUUGCCGCUGAGAAGGAUGACGGCUCAGGGCCAGCGCUCGACGCGGCGAAUCAUCGACCUGCUCGUCGCUGGGCAGGGUACCAGCGUUGGAGAAGCUCUGAGGAAAGCCGCUGAGGUGCUGGAAGAUCGGUGGGAGAGAAAUCCCGUGGCGAGUAUCAUGCUCCUAUCGGAUAGCCAGGACGAGCGUGUCUCUAGAGCGAAUUCAGAGGAUCGACGGUGUUCGAAACCCCAAGUGUCGUGGACAAGAUUCUCUCUCAUAACUGACGGAAGUUUAUCUGUCAUAAUCGUUAAGAAUCGUGGCAGGGCUAAAUUUCUCUCAACAUUUGAGGGGACUGGAGAGAAUGCGGAGUGCGAAGACCCCGGAAAAUUAAAGUUGAGGACAGUCACUUACGCGUUGCAGACGGCAAAGAUAGAGAAAAUUAGAGUUGAGGACAGUGUCUUGCAGAAAAACAAGCAACGGGAAAAUUAA